UGUGCAAAUGCAUCAGGACCACGGACGUUGUGCUCAGACCACAGACAGACGCUGACUCAACGCAAACGGAAACCGAUGCAAAACCAACACGGAGAAAUACAAAAACGUUGGACACGUGCAGACUGACACCAUGGAUGAAGCUGUGUGGAGGUUUCCUCAGGGAGCUCUGCAGUAGGAUGCAUGUCAGUGUCUCCAUUUGGACGUUUCCACAGAUGACUUCCCACCUCGGCCUUCUCAUCCUGUCCAGCUUGGCGGUCUCAUCCGAACUGAGUUUGGAGGACGUUUUCUUCAGUCCCCAGGACCAGACAGUCAGAGAAGGAGAGGGAGUCUUCUUCCAGUGUGUGUCUGGGGAAAGUUCUCCUCCUGCAAGCAUCACCUGGCUCAAAGAUGGGACACCGGUCACGAGAGGCAGACACAUUCAGGGUGAGUACGGAGGUGGUAACCAGAAGAAGACUUCGGCUACUCUGCAUCUUUUCAACGUAACAUUAGAGGACGAUGGGAUGUACAUUUGUGUCACACACAGUCGUUCACUGAACACCAGCAAGAGAAGCAGCCCAGCUAAACUCACCGUGCACGGUGUCCCUAGUAGGCUGCAGAUCAUCCAGGGCCCUGACAACAUCACCGUUGCUAUGGGAACAGAGGUCUCCAUGCGAUGCACCGUCCGUGGCUUCCCUGUUCCCAUGGUGCACUGGUUCAAAGACGGCAGCCUCCUGUCGAACUGCUCGGCCUCGUUCAGCCUCCAGAACAAUGGACAGCUGCUCACAUUCAGGAACGUGACCAGGGUGGACGAGGGCUCGUACCACUGUGAAGCAUCCAACCAGAGAGAAUCGAUCAAGUCCGAGCCAGCCUUCCUACUUCCAGCCGAAAUGGACUGGAGCUUCAUCCAGCAACCCAUCGACCAGACGGUGAAGAGAGGAGAAAACGUCACAGUCACCUGCAGGCCUCCGUACAGCCGACCGGCAGCUCAGGUGUCCUGGUUCAAAAACAACCAGCUUCUCACCUCCACUUCUCACCAAACGCUGCUGCCCAGUGGAGACCUCUUCUUCCACAGUGUACAGGAGGACAACGAUGGGAGCUACUUCUGCAGGGCCUCCAACAUCCAGCUUCAACGAUUUAUCACUUCCAGAAGAGCAACUGUGACUGUGCUGGCCCCUCCAUCAGUGAAACUGUGGCCCCAGGUGCUGACGGUGUCUGUGGGAGCUCGGGUGGUGCUGGAGUGUCAGGUGUCCGGUAACCCGUCACCCUCCAUGAGCUGGGUGAAGAGAGGCCACUCAAAGCAGACCGGAGGCAAGGUCGUCUUGGGAUUGAGAAACGCCACGCUCUACAUCCAGUCGGCCCGGAGCUAUGAUGAGGGAGAGUAUGCUUGCGAGGCCUCCAACGCUCUGGGUCACAGCCGCAACACAGCAAUGCUGACAGUUGCUGUGAGUCCCAUCAUAGUGAGCCUCGUGGGUCAGGUGAGCUGCAGGAUCGGGGCUUCGGCGGUCUUGCCCUGCAGGGUUGUGGGUAUUCUGCCCAUCAGCUAUAGCUGGAGCCGUGGCGGAGCAGAGACAGAGUCCCCCAUUGGCCUCACGCAAGACCGACACAUCGAUGAAAAUGGAACCCUUCACAUUUCCAGUGUGCAGUAUUCUGAUGUAGGGGAAUACAUCUGUACUGCUGAGAACCGGGCAGGGCGACAUCAGAGACGUAGCAUCCUGGCUGUUACAGCUGAACAUGGUCCUGCUGAUAGAGGCAAGCAGACAAGACUGGAUGCGUCCGCUAGCAACGACACUAGCAAAGACCGGCCUGUUUCUCAAUCCAGUGACUCUUUGGCUGAGCAACACCUCGGGACAACACACCAUCCACACGCACAAACACAGCAACAAGAAGCCACGUGCUCCUUAUCACGCUGUGACGCCCCUACGAACAGAACCACCGCAUUGCCCACAUUACCAAGAGGAGCCGUGGCGAAGCUCAAGACGCCCCAACAAUCACUCAGCUAUCUUUUCAAGCAUCGCCUCAAUCAACCAACGACAAACCCAACCCGGCCACUAGUUACGCAGAUGCAGCCUCCAAUUUUACCACCUCCUCCACAUCCAAACUUCCAGUCAGUAGAUCACCACACGCCUGGUAAUCCUCUUUUUAUUUUAGAUAACGCACGAGUACACAGCCAGACAUCAGCAGUCACUAGGGAAGUUUUGGGUACAACCCUUCCGGAUUUACUCACUGAAAGUCAAUCGCAUUUGGCAUUAACGACAUCAGGUGCACAGUUUCAGAAUCAAGUAAGUGAGGGAUUGUUGAUAGAGUCGGAUUCUCAGGGGUCCAACAUGCCUGCCGUGUCUCCAGCCAGUCCAACCCUAGAGGCCUCCCCUGAGAGGUCCAACCCUGCAGUGGGCAAACCCAACGGAGGGUUAGAUUUGUAUUUGCCAACUCCUACACAGAGUCCAACAACCCAAACAAAGACGAGCCACUCUAGUUCCACCACCCAGCCUUCUCCUUUUACAGCUGGACUGGACCAAACUCUCCAGGUGACUGCAAAAAGUGCAAUCUAUCAAUCCGUCAGUGAGCCGACCUCAACUCAGGUUUCUCAAACCAAAUUUGAGAACCACAGUCAACGUCUAUACCAGGAAACAAAUCUGCAGGAUUCACCAACCAUCUCACAAACGACUCAAUCUGAUCCUCAACCAUCAUUUACUCGAAGUCUUCUUCCUAAAUUCCAUAUUGAGCUGUCAACAAACUCAAACCAUCUGCCUUCUACACAACCUCCGCCGUCUUCAGUCACAAAGCCUCGACGAUCCCAAAUUCACAGUGAACCAACUAAAACCACGUCUGCACUUCCUCGAUCAUCUCCUACACAAAAUCCGUUGCUCCGCUCACAAGUCCAUCUACCUCAGACGGAAAGCUCUCCACUCCAACACAGACACCCCCUUAAAAUCCAGCCUUCAAUCUCAACCGUUCAUCAGACCUAUGAGCCUGAGAUUCCUGUCGUCCAUCGCAUCGACACGUCCGCCACGGUACAGCGUAAUACCAGCAAGAGAGGUGAACCAGGUCAGGAGGCUAAAUCAGCCAAUGCCACGGAGCUUGCAGAGUGGCUGAAGAGGAACACCUCCCAAUCACCAAUGACCAGCAAUGAUCAAAGAGUAACGCAGCAGUCUCCAUCAUGGUUGCCCCUGCUGGAGAAACACGACAUUCCCAUUGUGGUGGGAGUGGGUGUAUCUCUGGCCUUCAUCUUCAUCACUGUUACCUUCUAUUCAGUGGUCCAGAAGAAGGAACCUGCACCAACAAGCCGAGCAGGUCAGAGAUCCUCAGCCACAUCAAAUGUCAGCACACCUAUUUCAAAUUCUGAACAUGCUCAGAGGAACGUAGGCGUCCCCGUACGACACACUGACCGCCGAGCCGCAGGACGUACCUAUGAAAACAGAGCUUUUGAAGACGAUGACUGUGUGGCAGUGAUUGAGCAGAGCCCCGACACGGCACACACCCAGGCCCGACCUCCAGGGCCGAGCCUGGUCACGGUGCAGAUGGAGCCUACCUUUGAGGACUUUCAGGAGGACAGUCACUUAGUCACCGUGGAGACGUAUCCUGAGCCCAUUCUUGACACAAAGAUCGAUCCCUCUCCGGAGGAGGACAAGGGCUGCAGCUUGUCGCAGCCCAGCAUCCAGCUGCAGUGUGCCGAGGACUGGACCGCUGACCGAGAAGACCACCGCCGCAGCCCGUGCCGGGACUCGCUGCCUCCGCCAUCGUCCUUACCCUCUCGAUCGCCUUCUCCCUCGCCGCCAUCCAGACGGGAGGAGGGUCUGCGCUCCUCACUGACCCUGCGGAGUGCGGAGGCAUUUUCGGCACCUAUCCACCACAGCCUCAGCAUCACUCACGGCAACUCUCCCAUGCUCCUUUCUCACCACGUCUCUUUGGGCCUCACUACCGUGGCGGUAGAUGUUCAUUUUUACCCAGCGGCCACUGCUUCAACGUCAGUAGGAAGCACCACUCAUAUCAGUUCGGUCUCUAAUUCCACUUCGGUGGCUGCACCUGUGUUCAGUUCCCAGGUAGUUAACUGUCAAGGGAAUGACCAAUCGACCGCCAGAUUUAAUCAGAGCAAGUAGCUCCAAAUUAAGGCGUCAUGUCCAGGACAUAUUUUCUAAUUUUAAAAAUACAUUUUUUUGAUAUAUACUGAAAACAUUUGCAUUGCAUGAACAGGGCCACGGGAUUAUAACUAUAUAUACAUAUUUACAUGACAUUUUAUUUUCAGUGUAUGGAGUUAGAGGUUGUUAGCUUAGCUUAGCAUGAAGACUGAAGGAGGACCUGGCUCUGAUAAGGCUACAAAUACACAGAAUAGUUCAUUUAAAAUGUAUUUUUUUGUUGUUGUGUAAUAUAUCACAAUAAUUGAAUUUACAUUACCAAGCUCUCUGCACAAUACACAUCGGUUGAUUUCUGUUUUGGUAAAGAUUAAAUAAAUUAACAUACAUCAUGUUAUUUGUUUAUUUCGGCGCUAAAGAGGAACUGAUACCUUCCACAUGCCUUCGGUCUCCUUUGCAAGCGACACAUCACAUAUGAUGUAGAUCUCCUUAUCUAUGUGCCAGUUUCCCGCAAUGUUGAAUUACUUCUUUCUUUUAUGAGUGAAACAAUGGGGCGAACAUAUUCUGUAUUAGCACCUGCAAUUUAUUUACCAAAUUGUGUUUUAUAGCUUUAGCACAGCAGUUUCUGUAUUACUCCCUCAUACCUCUGAAUGUGGUCUCGCUUUCUACCCUUAUAUUUUAUUUCACUAUCCAAACCGGAAAGUGAAAAUGUUCCUGUUGAAUAUUUUUUAAAUUAUACGUUAUGUAGGAAUCCUUUUUCGUUGUUUUCUUAUGGGUUAGUUCAAGUAGUAAGACUGAAAUGUGUUGUACAGUAUUGACUUAUCAAGUGAAAUAGCCAAGGAUAUUGUACAUUGUCACAAGCUACUUGACUGUUAACAACUUUAAACCAAAUGAGGGUAAGAGGGGCUGUAUCAAUAAACAUUUACACACUA